AUCCAUUUCCAUACACAUAUCAAGAAAGAAGGCCAAAAUGAAUAUGAAAAUCACAUCUUCAUAAACUUAGUAAACCUUAACGUCAAUAUUCUCAAAAGCACAAGCUCAAGCACUAGGACUAGCACAAAGAUGAGCAAGUUUCCCCUGCAUGACGCCGUUCGCUCCGGCAGAGUGGAGACACUCCGUGAGAAGAUUUCAGAAAUAUCUUCAAGCAGCGACAUCGACUGCGCCGACAACAACGGCAACUCCCCUUUGCUCCUUGCCGUGAUGAGCGGCGCCGUAUCUGCCGUGCAGUGUCUCGUAGAGCAUGGCGCCAGCCCUGAUUUUGUUAAGAGUCUGAUUCACCACAAUGCGAAUGCACAUAGCGAUAGCAUCUUUUAUUGAGACAUUCACUUUCACACUGCCUUCUCCACUAAAAUGUUGUGAAUCCUCAUUCUCAUAUUAAAAAGGAUAAGAAUGACAAUAUAGUCCUAGGUCAAGCCACCUCUACUACUAACUUUCCCGUCCAACGCAGGGAUGCGACGAUUACACCGAAGACUGUGGCGAUUCAGAGGGAGAAAGAGCGGAUGAACAAUUUGACACAGACACAGACGCAGUUCGCUGCAGAGGUGUUAAAAAUAACUACUUACAAAAAUAAUAGAAAAAGCAGAGUAUUUUAUUUGACCACUGAUAUAAUCCACUUAAAUUAUGAAUCUUGUAUGAUGAAGAAUUUCAUAUCCAGUACUACUUGCUUGAUGUUAUGAUGGUAAAGCCAACGGUAAUAGUAAUUCACUGUCGUAUUGUUAUCGAGUUUCAGGCUUGAAAAGUUUUUUACAGUACACAGUUCAAAUUUGGAUUAACUUACUCUAGUACUGGUUAGGUAAAGGUCCUCCACCUUGUUCUAUUUAGUAUUUCUUGACGUUUCCUCACCAACCCAGGUGAGCGAAGCCUUGUGGAGAGAUGACCGGGUUAGCGAAGAGCGGAUGCAGCUAGACAUCUCCACGUUGGAAACCAAAGACAUUGAUGACGCGGCCAAGAGCGCGGACGCGACACUGAAGCAAGCCAUGUGUUAAGGAUGAAGAAAGUAGUUGUACUAUUGCUGGUGUCCUCCGUUACUAGGGACAUAAUGUUAAUGCUAUGGAUGAUGCUCAUAUCGUCUAGGGACGUAGAGGUGCGGCAGUCGCAGCUGCGGGGAGGUCGGUGCCCUGUAGCGACACGGACACCCUGAGUGAUUGAUAAUGAUGCUAUUGCUAUUGUUCGUAUACGUAUUCUUGUUGUUCAAUAAUUUCAGUUGAAUUUCUCUUGAGUAAGUACUUAGAAUAAGAAUGUGAAGGAGAUCCGGUUGUUCGCUUUCAGAAGUGGAUCUCCUUCACAUUCUUAUUCUAAGUACUACUCAAGAAAAAUUCACAUCAUCAAAAUGGAGGAAAUCUAUUAUGUUCUUCAUCUUCCUUCAAAUAAUGUUCAUUUUCAUGAUCUGGUACAAGUGCAACUUCCUGCUCGUCUAACAGUAGCAAGAUGCUUGCUAUCGCAAGGGCACCUUCGACAACGCGCCUCCGUGGACGGAGUUUAGGGGUCUGCCAGUAAUGAAAUUCGAAUUGUCGAAAGUGCAGUUUGAGCGACGACAGGUCCGACGAAUGGUCGUGGACGGCUGUCAGUCACUAGAGACGCAGGAAGAAGCGAGUCUCGAAGUUCUCAAGUCCUUGAUCCCAAAGCAGAUUGAGGCAUACCGCCAACGACUAACAGCGGCCGAGGAACGAAUGAGAGCAUUAAGGGGCAUUUGAUACUUGAUUCAUGAUAGAUCAGUUUCUUCUUCACAGAACACUUGCUGCAGUUUCCUUCUUGGAUUUUUCUGAGACUAUGAACAUUAGCGACGCUCGUCUUCACUUCAACAACGUCAUACUAGAUGUAGUCGGAGAACUUUUUGUUUUUACUGUGAUCUCUUCGUCUUCUAAGAGCAAUGAUAAGAGAACAAGCACUGAGAGACGAGGCACCAAGUCGUGGAUCUGCGAUGAAGGGGAGCGGGAGUCCCAAGGGAACCGGAAAGCGGGGACGAGGACCGUAUCUUCGUUGAAAACAUUGAUGAAAUUGAUUGAAAUUAUGCUUGGAAUAGAGAGUAACAUAUGUCUUGAGUGGUCCUGUCGCAUAUAAUUAACGCGCGCAAUGAAUAUGCGAUAAUAGUUGGUGUACAGAACUUUUGAUUAGUGGUUUGAGGAAGAGCUGACAAUACCUUGUUGCUUCCUGUUGGUGCGGUGCUAGCACUCAUUCUAGUUUGGAUCAUUGCUCCGGUUAAUCGUCGAAAUGUUUCUUCUAUCUCGUCGCAAAACUGUUUCUAUGUUCUUGUAGUUGUUCGUUGUUGUGAAUAAAUCGACUUUGGUGCUCGUCUUCGUCCAACAAGAUAUUUAUAUGAAGAUUCUGAGACACGAAAGGCGUCCAAGAACACUAUACGCAUACAACAAUAUGAAGACGAAGACGACUUGGACUUUGUCCACCUCCAUGACGAAGUCGAGAGACAACAUUCAACAUGUUAUUGGAGGAGUCGGUGGAUGAAGAAAAACCCUGUUGUAGGAUGUCGUAAGUAAGUUGUAGUUGAGCGCAAACAAGUACAUGAUGGACUGAUAAAGCGAACAAGCGAACACAAAGUGCAGGACUUCUCUGAGUAAGAACAAGUGCAGAAUUGCAUCUACUUUCGUGGUCUGCUCAACACCUUCACGAUCACGUUGAAGUAAAACUAUUUCAUGUCGAUGUCCCCUUUGUGACAAAGCCUUGUCGCGUGGAGGUAAAAAGCCAAACAGUUGGAUGAGCAAGAGGAACGC